AUGUCUCUCCCGGGGUUAGAGUUGACACAGCCCUCGGAGGAGAGGCAAUUCGCCGCUGCUCCACCGUCGCAGAUCGCCCUGAGCUCUGGCUCGGAGUGGAGGUUCGAGGUCGCAUUUGGGCAUAUCGUGAGGGUCAAGCUUCUCACCGGUACGGCAGAGCUCUUCGGAACAGAACUCGCACCGUUGCAGACGUACACCUUCUCCGGCACGAAAGGCGCAAUCUAUACAUGGCACGGCUGUGAGCUGGAGGUCAGCGCCGGAGAGACGGGCUUUAUGACGCUCGAUGGAGUCACGCCAACGGCCGGGCACGGCGCGGGCGGCUGCCAGAGUGAAUACACCGCUGAAGAGACACCGAUGGUGGAGUACUCCAACGUACAUUUUGCGCUGGAGGCAAUGCGAGAAGAAGCCCAGGCAUCGAGCAAGGACGGACCCCGUGUUCUGUUGCUGGGCCCUGAAAACGCUGGCAAGACCAGUCUCGCCAAGAUCUUGACUGCCUAUUCUACAAAGGUCGGCCGCCAGCCGCUAGUCGUCAACCUGGACCCGACCGAGGGCAUGCUGAGCGUCCCCGGUACAUUGACUGCAACUGCCUUCCGGACCAUGCUGGACAUCGAGGAGGGCUGGGGCAGCAGUCCCAUGUCCGGGCCCAGCCCUGUGCCCGUGAAGCUCCCUCUCGUCUACAGCUACCCGAUGGCCAACCCACUCGACGCUGAAGGCUCUGUCUACAGGCCCGUUGUAUCGCGACUGGCACUUUCAGUAACCGGCCGUAUGGCCGAAGACGAGGACGCACGAGAGACAGGAAUCAUUGUCGAUACACCGGGGAUCCUGAGCAGCGGCAAGCCCGGCAGUCUGGAGUUGAUCAACCACAUCGUGACCGAGUUCGCCAUCACCACAAUCUUGGUAAUUGGCUCCGAGCGACUAUAUAGCGCCAUGGUCAAGCAGUACGACAACAAGCCCAGCGCAAGCGCCACAGCAGCCGUUUUUGACGAGCGCGUUUCCGUCGUGAAGCUGUCCAAGUCAGGCGGCUGUGUCGAUCGUGACGCUGCUUUCCUCAAGGCAACACGCGAGUCGCAAAUUCGAUCUUACUUCUUCGGCAACCCAAUCCCUUCUACCGGAACCGCGGCGCUCUCGCUCUCCUCAUCUUCGGCCGUUACUCUCUCCCCCCACGCCCAGCAGCUGGAUUUCGCCGCUCUCUCCGUUUACAGCUACACUGUAACAUCGACAGAAGACGAAGACGAAGACGAGUACGACCCGUCCCAACUCGGCACUGGGGAGUCAUUCCUCCCAGGCGGUGGCUCAGAAGACUACACACCUCAGGAAUCGGACCACGGUACACCUCUUCCUGGCGUCGGCUUCUCAGGCGACGCAUCAAAUCAAACACCACCGACCAACGUCCCCUUGAAAAAGAUCCUCCCUCCCGCCCCAUCAACCCUUGCCAAUACUCUCCUCGCAAUCACCCACGCCCCAACAACCGCCUCCCCCGCUGACGUCCGCGACGCCAGCAUCAUGGGCUUCCUCUACGUUGCAGACGUCGAUGCUGACAAGGGCAAGAUCCGGGUGCUCGCGCCAGUCGGUGGACGCGUACCAACGCGCGCGAUCAUCUGGGCUAAGCGGUGGCCCGGUGAGGUUGUGGGGCUUGUUGGGUAA